GAAGUGGCAAUGGCAUAAAAAUGUGUAAAUAAACAUAAAUAAAGUGUGAAGGUAUAUUAAACGUAAAUCAGAAACAAAUAAGUGCACAAAUAUUUAAGACUGAACCGCUGUAAUAAAGUGUCUACUUUCGGGCGUGUAGCAGCGAGUGAAAUCAGAUACAAGCAAAACGUGAUGUUUAUUUUUAUGUUGCUCUAAUUUAUUACUUUUUUCACAACACACACAAAUCGUGCAUUGACGCAGUAUAAUAACCAGCCUGGAAAAAGCUUUAAAACAGUUUAGGAAUAAAUUGAAAGUGCUUGCAAUAUGAUUAAAAUGCGACCAUAUGUGCCAUCAAAUCGUAUCGCCGUACGCGACUCCAUCGACGAGGAGAUCAGUGACGAUGUGGACGAUGACGUCUUCAUUAAGGAUGCGCGCACAGCCAAACUAAGCGAGGAGAAGGGUCUCAAACGCCCGUUAAUGGCGCCGCGUCGCAAAAAUGGCAAAAUGCACAAUUCAGUGCCGAUUAUGAUGAAACAUCGCCGUUGUUGGCGUUGUUGUGAACCUUUCUGCUAUGGCCUUGCUGCACUCACUGUACUUAUUGCCUUGAUUAGUCUUGCCGCGCUCAUUCUUACCAUGUUUCCUAUACCCUUGCAACGCAUCAAAGUGUGGCUAAAGCGCGAUCCUACAGCUCCGCUCGGUGCAAAUUAUGGCGAUGCGGCCGGUAGCGCUGGCCAAUCGCAAUCAUAUGGCAGUAGUAUGGGCACUGAGUUUGUGCCCUGCACACAGAUUAGCGUGCAGCGCAUUUGGACGCAAACUUUUGGCAGUAUGAACAGUGAAAGUCCGGUGCGGAAGGCCGAUUUAAAUGGCGACGAUAUGGAAGAUAUCAUUUUCGGCUUCGGUGUUGAUGACAACAUUCAGUACGAAGGCUUUACAUUGCCCAAAUGCAAAUCGCCACAAGGCGGAGAUGAGGUGCCUUGUGAAGGUGGCGUUAUUGCGAUAGAUGGCGCCACAGGUGGCUUGCUUUGGCAAACGUGGAGUGUAGCAAAUGUUUUCUCACUGCUCUGCACUUUGGAAAUUGAUGGCGAUGGCUAUCCGGAUUGUGUGGCUGCAGGCCGAUUGGGUAUGAUAUUUGCCAUCAAUGGCCGCAAUGGCAAUAGUAUUUGGGAAUUUCGUGAGAUCGAAGUGGAAACAAACUCACCCAUUGUCAUGGAUCUCUACACAAUUAAUAUUGUGCGUGAUUUGGAUGGCGACGAAAUAUCCGAUAUACUUGCAGCACAUCUCGAAGAACGUGAAGAAUCGAAAGCGGGACACAUUAAAGUGAUUUCAGGCAAGACGGGCAAAGUUAUACGCACCAUACCAACACCUUUCAAGGAGGAAGUGUUUGUGCCACUACAGAUGCUCACCAAAGAGGAUGGCACGGAACUGCUAAUGAUUAUUACCGGCGGCCAAAAUACGCCUGGUGGCAUUUACACAAUAAGAUUACUUUCGCUAAUGCAAUUUACGAGUGAAAAAGAGUUUACACCGCUCUUCCAAAGUAAGCACUCCGGAGUGAUGGUACCGGCGGUGAUUACAGAUAUAAAUGGUGAUCAUAUUUCGGAUGUUGUGGUGUCGUCAUUCAAUUCGACAGUGUUUGCGUUUGAUGGUCGCAACUUCAGUAUGCUGUGGAAUUAUACCUUUCCGGCGAGUGAGAGCGUCAGCGCCAUUGUGCCUGGUCACUUUAAUCACGACAAUGUGACCGAUUUUAUGAUCAAAUACAAUACAGGACCGGGAUUUCCAGUUUACUACUACUCGCAGACGACUAUAUUGGAUGGUAAAACCGGUAAACCUUUGCUAAACUCGAUGAUGACUGAUUCGGGCGGUUCGAAUAGUUUGCUGGGUGGCGUCUCGAUAUCGCAAACUUUUGGUGGUGACUUCUUUCUGCACUGGCAGAUGCAAUGUAGGGAUAAAUACGAUGCGAAAGAUGCAUAUGAAUUCAUACCAGAUAGCGACAUCAUUUUACAGUCACGUGCGGAUACAUGUCGUUUGCGUUACAAUAGCUCGACGGUACUGAAACUUUAUGCGAUAGCGCGCCACAUCGAGCCACCAGGCGCAGUCAUUUUUAGUACAGACGACAUUGAAAUACACCUCAACCGAACACAACGCUCGCAGGACGCCAAGCUGAAUUCAAAAUCCCCACUGAAGCAUCCCAAACUGCUGAGGAAGUUGCUGGCCAAUCAGGAGGAGCUGCUGAAGAAAAUCGCAGCCAAUGCUGAUCUAGAGAAACUGGAGAAGGUAGCAAAACUCAAGAACCCACCGCACUACAAAGAGAAUUCGUUGCGAAAUCCAAUGUUCGACCAGGACGCAUUGCAGGAAAUCCUACCAAAUAAUGAAAUUCCUGCGGAAAAUAUAUACGAAUCUCCCAAGCAAAAUAGUUAUGCGAAUUAUCUCGGCGGUGGUUAUGCUGCCAACAGCAACGCGCCAAUGCGUGAAUUGCAAAAGGACUACGAGUCCGAAGUGGGCGCACGAGUGCCUGAAGAAUACGAUACUCUCUACGCUGACAAUGAAGUGCCUCAAUUGGUACCGCAGAAUGAGCAUCCCAUACGGUUGCGCACAAAAUAUCCUGGCAAUCGUGAUGUACGCAGCGACAUUACCUCCUUCGAGGAUGAGCAAAAUGCUACACAGACCCUACCCACCGGUGGUGUGCCGCAGAAUAGUCUGGACAAGCAGGAACCACUUAGUUUGUGGGAUCUGGAAAUGGAGAAGGAGGAACGUGAUGCAAUCAAGGAGUCGCACAAAUAUGAUUACUCGACAACGCAUGAUGAGACCGUUAAAAAUACUAAGCGUAGUCGCCGUAAGCGAAAUGACGCUACUCAAACGCCAGCGGGUGAGCAAGCGGAGACGACUUCGGGUAGGCCAUCAACCAGUGGCGAAUCUGAUGAAUGGUUUUUAGCUUCUAUCUCCUCGACGGGUGUGCUAUUGAAGUCGCUAAAGAGCGCACACUCUUCAAUAGAUUUCGCUUUCGUGCUGAAUGUGCGUGAAUCGGAGACAUAUCCACCGUUAUUUUUACCACAGGACCUCAACUGUGUCGAGGAGAAAAUAAGCGCAUACAAAAGCUACACCAUGGACAAUCUGCGUAUACUGCGCAAGCAAUUCCUAAAGCAAUGUUUAAGCGAUCGCCUGGUGAAUGUUGCACCGCAUGUGCCGCAGUACGAAUCGCAGUUAAUCGUGACACGCAUCGGUAUUUCGUGUACGUGUCGCGCACUGCAAGCGGGUGAAGUGUGUUCCGAGUUGGAUGACAUACAGAUGCAGCGCUGGACUGAGUACAUGGGUAAUCGUGGGCAUGGUUACUAUGCCAAUUAGAUGUAGGUGUAAAAUAAGGAAAGUAAAUUGUGGGAAGCAAAAAGAGAAACUUUGAUUUCGAAACUAUUUUGACUUUGAAACUUUUUAAUUGCACAACAGUAUACCUUAAUUUUUUACAGUUAGGUUAUUUAAUUGAAACAAGUCGUUCAAUUUAAUGCAAUGUUGACGGUACAUUGAAAACUCUAUAUUCCUCCACUGCUGAUCAAACUUCGCCAUAAAAAUAUAUUUUUACUUUUAAAGUGUCAAGUAUGCAAUUCAAAUUAUUAUAAAAAAUAAAAGGGUUCAAAACCUUAAAUUUUGAAGUUAAACA